AACCAGCCUGGGGCCCCCAUGGGCUCCUGAGGGCCGGGCACCAGGGCCUCGGGCACGAGCAUGGUAAGACACCAGCCCCUGCAGUACUACGAGCCCCAGCUGUGCCUCUCCUGCCUCACGGGCAUCUACGGCUGCCGCUGGAAACGCUACCAGCGCUCCCAUGAUGACACCACACCGUGGGAACGCCUCUGGUUCCUGCUCCUCACCGUCACCUUCGGCCUCACACUCACCUGGCUCUACUUCUGGUGGGAAGUCCACAAUGACUACAAUGAAUUCAACUGGUACCUCUACAACCGCCUGGGCUACUGGAGUGACUGGUCCGUGCCCAUCCUCAUGACCGCAGCCACCGCCUUCACCUACAUCGCGGGCCUCCUGGUCCUGGCGCUGUGUCACAUCGCCGUGGGGCAGCAGAUGAACCUGCACUGGCUGCACAAGAUGGGGCUGGUGGUCAUCCUGGUGUCCACGGUGGUGGCCAUGUCGGCCAUGGCCCAGUUGUGGGAGGACGAGUGGGAGGUGCUGCUCAUCUCCCUGCAGGGCACAGCUCCGUUCCUGCACAUGGGGGCCCUGGCCGCCGUCACCGCGCUCUCCUGGAUCGUGGCAGGACAGUUCGCCCGGGCAGAGCGGUCCUCCUCCCAGAUGGCCAUCCUCUGCAUCUUCUCCGCCGUGGUGUUUGCCCUCUACCUGGCCCCUCUCACCAUCUCCUCUCCCUGCAUCAUGGAGAAGAAGGACCUGGGCCCCAAGCCCGCCCUCAUUGGCCACCGCGGGGUCCCCAUGCUGGCCCCAGAGCACACGCUGAUGUCCUUCCGGAAGGCCCUGGAGCAUAAGCUGUACGGAUUGCAAGCCGAUGUCACCAUCAGCCUGGACGGCGUGCCCUUCCUCAUGCACGACACCACGCUGCGGCGCACCACCAACGUGGAGGAGGCGUUCCCGGAGCUGGCCCACAGGCCCGCCUCCAUGCUCAACUGGACUGUCCUGCAGAGGCUCAACGCCGGCCAGUGGUUCCUGAAGACGGAUCCCUUCUGGACGGCCAGCUCCCUGUCCCCCUCCGACCACAGGGAGGCCCAGAACCAGUCCAUCUGCAGCCUCGCUGAGCUCCUGGCGUUGGCCAAGGGCAAUGCCACGCUGCUGCUCAACCUGCGCGACCCUCCGCGGGACCAUCCCUACCGAGCCAGCUUCCUCAACAUCACCCUGGAGGCCUUGCUGCGCUCCGGCUUCCCCCAGCACCAGGUCAUGUGGCUGCCUAACAGGCAGAGGCCCUUUGUACGGAAGGUGGCUCCUGGCUUCCAGCAGACGUCAGGCUCCAAGGAGGAAGCUACCAGCCUCCAUAGAGGCCACAUCCAGUGGCUGAACCUGCGCUACACUCAGGUGUCCCGCCAGGAGCUCAGGGACUAUGCAUCCUGGAACCUGAGUGUGAACCUCUACACGGUCAACACGCCGUGGCUCUUCUCCCUGCUGUGGUGCAUGGGGGUCCCCUCCGUCACCUCCGACAACUCCCACACUCUGUCCCAGGUGCCUUUCCCGCUCUGGAUCAUGCCCCCGGACGAGUACUGCCUCAUGUGGGUCACCGCGGACCUGAUCUCCUUCACCCUCAUCGUGGGCAUCUUCGUGCUCCAGAAGUGGCGCCUGGGUGGCAUCCGGAGCUACAACCCCGAGCAGAUCAUGCUGAAUGCGGCCGUGCACCGGACCAGCCGGGACGUCAGCAUCAUGAAGGAGAAGCUCAUCUUCUCAGAGAUCAGCGAUGGCAUGGAGGUCUCCGAUGAGCUCUCUGUAUGUUCAGACAACAGCUACGACACAUAUGCCAACAGCGCCAGCACCCCAGUGGACCCCCGAGGGACUGGCAGCCAUACCAAGACCCUCGCAGACCGGAGUGGGCGUUAGCUGAAGCCCUGUCUUCCCAGGCUGAGCCUAAUGGAGAGACCCGGGAACCCAGAAGAGCAGGCAGAAGCUUGUCUGGCCUGGGAGUGCUCUGGGAGCUGGCGCCAUGGCCUCCUCGUUGGCUCCAGCCCCUUGUCCGCCAUGACCUCUCUUAGGGGGCAGGGGCUCCUCUCCCCGCUCAGGCCCAGCUGGGCCAGGACUCCCGCCUCCCAGAUGCCCCUGCAGGCCUGGGGAUCCUUCCUCUGGGAAGUGUGGGGCCUGGUCCUCCCCUGAAACCCUCCCUGGAAUCCUGGACGCUUUGAUGGGCCACUGGGCCGUGCCCUAUCCCCUGUGGCAACGGAGGAUGUGGAUGCUCACGUGGGACCACCCUCCUGUCUGGGCUGUGAAGCAGCCGACUUCUCUGUUUCUCCUGCUCAAGGACCUGGGGCCGGGCCUCUGCCCCCAGCAGCUCUGCUCUUCACCUCAGUCUCACAGCACAAGGAGGCUCGCCUCAGGAGGAAAGCCUGCAGUCGUGGGGAUUCUCCUCCGACCAGCCCCACCGCCACCGGCCCUGCCCCAGGAGGGGGCCCAAGCCACGUCCUUAGGAGCAGCUGGAAGUGGCCAGAAGAGCAGGCUCAGGGCUGCUUGGUCCCUGCCCAAGUGUCCAACAGCCUCCAAGGCAGAGUGACCUGCAGGCUCAGGAGAGCGAGGCUGGCACAGUGAGCACAGGGCGU